AAUUGUGUUUGUUGUUUGUUUCAGAACUUGAGUGUUAUACUUGGAAUAAUGAGUAAAGCAGGCAAGAAGAAAGAUUCUUCAGAGAUUGAUGAAAUUGACAUUCGAGGAACAGCUCAGAAUGUUAUGUCACGCUUCCAGAAAGCCUGUAAAGAUAUUGCUAAGGAACCUGUUGCCAAACAGGCUGUAAUUGGUGGAGCUUCUGGAUGGGUUGUGGGUUACCUCUCCAUGAAGAUUGGCAAGGCUGCUGCCACUGUUGUGGGUGGGGGGCUGAUCCUUAUGCAACUUGCAUCCCACCAAGGCUACAUUACAAUUGACUGGCGACGCGUCAACAAGGACCUCGAGAAAAAUGCCAAGAAGCUGCAGAAAGAAGUGGAGAUGCAAGUUAAUGGCAAUAAAGCCCAAAGUAGUGUGAGCAGGGGUGAGCGAGCCUUUAACCGCACUGUGGAGAAAAUCGAGAAGAAGCUCGUGGCAAAGUCUGAAGAUCUUAUGAGCUCAGGAGAGGGCUGGCUGAGACGGCAGUGUCGCAAGUACUGCCUCACUCAAGACGAGCGCACCAUAGACCUGCUCUACAAUAUCAACGUCUACCUUAUUUCUUUCUGGGCCGGUGCUGUCGUUGGCAAGGCAACUGGGGGAGUUUUUUAAAUUGACUCAGCUUUACUCGGAAUUUUAUCCCUAGAUAUUGCAAUUGGGUACCGUUCCUUGUGCUGUAAUAGCGUAGAGCGUUUUUCCGUACCGUAUCUCCUGGUAUUUAGUCAAUAAUCUCCCCGUUAGAGAAAUAUUAUUACUGGGUUCAGUCAUUAUUACUUCAUCUUUCAUUUAUGUCACCAGCAGAGAAAUGUUAAUGUUCUUCUCAAUAUCUUUUCGUGUACAAAUUCAGCCAUUUAUUGGUUAUUCAUAUCUAUUUAGUGCCAGUGAUAAACGUACACAAAAAAGUCAUUUCAUUGUCAACUCGCUUCGUAACUUGAGAAAAUUUUUUAGUGUAUUAUGUUGAAGAGACAAGAAUCAAUAGUUGAGCGAAUUUUAAAUUUUAUUUAAUUUACAAUGCAUUUCUGACAUUCUAGUCUUCACUCCUUCGAGCUAGUAAGAUGAACCACGUUUCCUUGAAUUUCUAAAAAAAAAUUCACCAAGAAAAGUGAAUCUGCUUUAGCAGAAACAGCAUCUCUUCGAUCAGCCUGCUUAGUACAAUUCCUUUGCUCUUAACCUGGUGAUCGCGAGAAUGUUUCCCUGCUGCUCCUGAGGAGUUCCGUUGGAGGACACACUCAAAAUUAUUUCUUUCCGUCACCAUUAUUCAACUAGAUAUUAUUGAAAUUUAUAGGCUACAUAUUAGUUAUUGUAUUCGCAAUUCUAUAUGUUCCAAUCGUGAUUUGUGGCGAAAUAUAUAAUUUGAAAUGAUACCUUAUUGAUUAUAAAAAGAGAAGUUAGGAAAGUAUUUUUCUCGUUUGAAGAAUGUCGAUUAGUCACUUUAGCUACUAUUUCGUGGCAUGAAAAAUCACGAGGCUCGGCAAUUUGGUAAUAACUUGAUUAAUUAUGUAGCUAAAUUGUGAAUAUGAAUCUAAAUUUAUGAGCUAAAUAUGAAUAUGAAUCUAAAUUGUGUAACAGUUUUUUUCAUAUCUGUAUUCCAAAGAUUGUAUUAAUGCCAGGUGUUUAAUUUCUGGGCUGCAAGAUGAAAAUGGCUGUGUUUAAUUUAGGGAAGGUGUCGUAUUUUCCAGCGCAUGCUCUAAAACUUAUCGCUGUAGGCUCAUGAAAAAGCUCGUUGUUGGUCGAUUCCUGAUGCCGUCGAGUUUUCUUCAUAAUACUUACGUGUACAUAAUGUGUUCUUAAUCGUAUGCUCUAGCACUGAUGUGUAUCAUGUUGUGCAAUAACAUACCAUCAAAAUUU